AUGGUGGCAGCAGAAGGGGUCGAGAUGGUAGCAAAGGAGGAAAUCGAAAUGGUGGCAGUUGAGGCAAUGGUGGUAUUACUGGAAUAUGAGGGUGGUGCUGGAGAUUUUGGCAAUGCACAUGAUGGAGAUAGUGGCGGUGGAGGUGAUGGAGAUGGUGGUGGUGGUGAUAGUGAGGGUGGUGGUGAAGAUUUUGGCGGUGGAGGUGAUGGAGAUCUUGGUGGUGGAGGUGAUAGUGAGGGUGGUGGGGGAGAUUUUGGCACUGGAGGUGGUGGUGGAGAUUUUGGUGGUGGAGGUGAUAGUGAGGAUGAUGGUGGUGGUAAUGGAGAUUUUGGCGGUGGAGGUGUUAGUGAGGGUGGUGGUGGAGAUUUUAGCAUUGGAGGUGGAAGGAAUGGUGAAGGUGGUGGUGGUGGAGGUGUUAGUGAGGGUGGUGGUGGAGAUUUUGAUGAUGGAGGUGGUCGUGAGGGCAGUGGUGGAGAUUUUGGCAAUGGAGGUGGAGGGGAUGGAGAUUUUGCUGGAGGUGGUGAUGGAGAUGACGGUGGUGGAGGGGAUGGUGAGAGUAGUGGUGAUUUAUAA